AUGACUUUGGGCAGUCCCACCCCUGGUGCUGGCAUGCGAGGAUGCUCCGAGCUCGACCCAAUGAUAGCACGCCGUAGACGCACUGUCUCAAGCACAGACCACGAGGACAGCUUUGCCCUCCCUGCGUCCUCGUGUGCUGCCACCUCCUUUGUCUCGACAAUGACAAGUCGCGACCGCACAGCCGAGUUCAAGUCGGCUGCCAAGCUUAUGCAGGGAACCAUUGCCCUGCAGCAGCAUCGGAUGCGCCGCCCUGGCGAGCGAGGGGCCCAGGAGUGGGGGCACUUCAUGCACGCCGCCAAGCAGAUCGGCAAGGACAUCGCCAGCACAUUUGCCAAGCUUGAGAAGCUGACACUACUGGCGAGGCGCAAGACCAUCUUUGAUGACCGGCCGGAGGAGAUACAGGAGCUGACCUACAUCAUCAAGCAGGACAUUGGCAGUCUCAACAAGGCGAUCGCUCAGCUGCAGGAGUUGGAAAAUGCCUUCCUGCCCUGCUGA